AACCUCACUGGUCUACAGAGCUGUUGUCUUUCUGCGAUGUGGCUCUGUGCUCUGGUGUGGUCCUGUUUUGCUGCUUGCAUGACUUGGGGACACCAAGUCCCACCACCUGUGGUAGACACUGUCCAUGGCAAAGUCCUGGGGAAGUACGUAAGCUUACAAGGAUUUGCACAGCCUGUGGCUGUUUUCCUGGGAGUCCCUUUUGCCAAGCCCCCUCUUGGAUCCCUGAGGUUUUCUCCACCACAACCUGCGGAACCAUGGAGUUAUGUGAAGAACACCACCUCUUAUCCUCCUAUGUGUUCCCAGGAUGCAGUGGCCGGGCAAGUGCUCUCAGAGUUCUUUACCAAUAGGAAGGAGAACAUUCCUCUCACAUUUUCUGAAGACUGCCUCUACCUAAAUAUUUACACACCUGCCGACUUGACCAAGAGUAGCAGACUCCCGGUGAUGGUGUGGAUCCAUGGAGGUGGAUUGGUGGUGGGUGGGGCAUCAACCUAUGAUGGACUGGUCCUCUCUGCCCAUGAAAGCGUGGUGGUUGUGACCAUUCAGUACCGCCUGGGCAUCUGGGGAUUCUUCAGCACAGGGGAUGAGCACAGCCAGGGGAACUGGGGUCACUUGGAUCAGGUGGCUGCACUGCGUUGGGUCCAGGACAACAUUGCCCACUUUGGAGGGAACCCAGGUUCUGUGACCAUUUUUGGAGAGUCAGCAGGAGGUGAAAGUGUCUCAGUUCUUGUGUUAUCUCCUUUGGCCAAGAACCUCUUCCACAGGGCCAUUUCUGAGAGUGGAGUGGCCCUCACUGCUCCUCUGAUUAAGAAGGAUGUCAAGCCCAUAGCUGAGAAAGUUGCGAUUACUGCUGGGUGUAAAACGACCACAUCAGCUGUCAUGGUUCACUGCCUGCGCCAGAAGACAGAGGAUGAGCUCUUGGAGACCACGCUGAAACUGAAUCUUUUUAAGCUUGAUUUACUUGGAGAUCCUAAAGAGAGCUAUCCUUUCCUGCCCACUGUGAUUGAUGGAGUGUUUCUGCCAAAGACACCUGAGGAGAUUCAUGCUGAAAAGAAUUUCAACACUGUCCCCUACAUUGUGGGAAUCAACAAACAAGAGUUUGGAUGGCUUAUUCCAAUGAUGAUGGGCUAUCCACUCUCUGAAGGCAAAUUGGACCAGAAGACGGCCACAUCACUCUUGAGGAAGUCCUUCCCCAUUGUUAACAUCUCUGAGGAAAAGAUUCCAGUAGCCAUUGAGAAAUAUUUAGGAGGGACAGACGACCUUUUCAAAAAGAAAGACCUGUUCCUGGACUUGAUUGCAGAUGUGAUGUUUGGUGUUCCAUCUGUGAUUGUGUCCUGUGUCCACAGAGAUGCUGGAGCCCCCACCUACAUGUAUGAGUUUCAGUAUCGCCCAAGCUUCUCAUCAGACCUGAGACCCAAGACAGUGAUAGCAGACCAUGGGGAUGAGCUCUUCUCAGUGUUUGGUGCACCAUUUUUGAAAGAUGGUGCCUCAGAAGAGGAGAUGAACCUCAGCAAGAUGGUGAUGAAAUUCUGGGCCAACUUUGCUCGGACUGGGAAUCCCAAUGGGAAGGGGCUGCCCCAUUGGCCACAAUACGACCAGAAGGAAGGAUACCUAGAGAUUGGUACCACUACUCAGGCAGCUGAGAAGCUGAAAGACAAGGAAGUGGCUUUUUGGACUGAGCUUCUGACCAAGAAGUCACCAGAGAUUGAGCACACGGAGCUGUGAAUGGGAGGCCUGACCACUUUGGGAGACCAGAGGAUUCAAGAAAAGCAUAUUCUA